GUGAGGUCAUUUCCGGUGUGCGGGAGGAGUGUUUCCGGGUGAGAGGGCGGAGCGGGGAUGGCGCAGGAGAAAGCAGGACAGGGUGAGGAUAUUUUUGAAGUGCUGGACGUUGCUGAAUAUGCCAAACGGCAGAGAUGGUGGAACCGGUUCUUCGGACGAAACUCUGGUCCAAUUGCCGAGAAGCAUACGGUGGCGACACAGCUGAUCAUCGGAGGAGCCAGCGGCUGGUGUGCAGGCUUCCUGUUUAAGAAGGUGGGAAAGCUGGCUGCGACAGCGGUGGGCGGAGGCUUCUUCAUGCUACAGGUGGCCAAUCACACGGGGUACAUCACUGUUGACUGGAAGCGAGUGGAGAGAGACGUAAACAAGGCGAAGAAACAGUUGAAGAUUGGCAAGAAUAAGAUACCCUCGGAAGUACAUGGCGUCCUGGAAGAGGUCACUGUCUUUGUGAAGAAGAAUAUUGUUCUCACUGGCGGCUUUGUUGGUGGUUUCUUACUUGGACUCGCGUCAUGAGGAUUAUUUGAAGAACUAUAUGUUUUUAUUAGUUUCUCUGCUGCUCCCCAACCCUCUCCCCAAAGCUAAUGAUUGUACAGUAUGAGCUUGUAGGGUAUGUGGGUGCCACACACAGUGUUUAGUUACUGGCUUCAAUAUUGCAUUCUAGUCUAGAAGGUUAACAUUAUUGAAUUAAGUCAUGGUCUUCACUUUACAUCAGAAUGGACAAAGGGAAUCAAAAAGGGAGGCAAUAGGAUUGCUUGUCCCGUGAAAGACCUGUUGGUGAUUUUUAAAGGUACAACAAACUAUAGACCCUUUUUGGACAAAAGUUGCAAUGGUGUGACUCUAGGCUUGGAUUGCAAGGUUGUGAUUCUUCACCACCCCCUACCUCGACCAGCUCAAACUAUCACUGUCUGCUACAAGUGUUAAUCUGACAUCAGUUUAGAUGCUGGAUCCUUCUCUUACAUGCCUCUCUAAAUAGGACUCCAAACCAUCUUCGCUGGGCCCGUAUCCAUCCAGUGAAGAAGCAUCAGUGUUAGUGGAGGGUGAGAGCUUUUGAAGCCUGCUUAGAAACGAUCCAUCAUAAUACUAUGACUUGUCACUAUGGUGCCACUUUACUUCCUCUCCCCGUCAGGCACUUUUAAAACCCAGCCAAGAUGGUGUCACGGUCCUAUUGCGUGGUUAUCCCGUGAGAAUUGAGAGGACUGCAGUUGUCAUUUUAAUAGGAAUUUUACCAAUAUUCCCCAGAUCCUCAUGGAAAUCUUGAACGGUCUCUGCCAAAAAAAAUAGCUUCAAAACAGUGGUUGUCUUGGUGCGCACAUUUUGGGAUUGCUUGACCAUAGGUCACAUCAUCUGUGUUUGCAUGCUUAUCGGGCUGUGUGCUGCACGGUGCUAAGCACAACACCCUGUAAUUACUAUGUGUUAAGAAGUACGCGAAGACUGAACUGAACGCUCCCCAGAAAAAAUGUUCUGCAAACACUUGACAGCUGAUGGCACAGCUGAUUUAGAAUAGCGCUGUUUAGCAUUUUAAAAGAUGGUAUGUCUGAUGGCAUUUAGAUGCAGAAACACAAUCUCUAUAGAGUUCAGAUGACUUUUUAUAUAUGAAUGCUUUUUUUUUGUCUUGUGAUUUGCAAUAGAAACUGCAGACCGUUCUAGCUUUGAAGUCGCUCCCUGCUACUUAUUCACUGCUUGUCACUGCUUACUGCACUCUGGCACGUGCUUUCAGAUUAUUGUAGCUCCCCUUGGGUUGAGACCUGCCUGGAUGGCUUUGUAUGUUUAAUCAGUAGCUAAGACAAGGAGAUCAUCAAGUUCCCAAGUUUGUUCCCUAAUCUACCCUAUACUUUAUAUUAAAUCAUCUCAAGUGGAGUAGUCCCAGGUAUGCUGUAAUAGGCCCCAGCUCCCUUUUCUCCCAGGUUCUUUUGCUUUCCUACUCCCUUUUGCACGUGUAGACACUGGGUAAAGUAUAGUCUUGCUGACCUUGUUGUCCCACUUGAGGUUUCUAUUUCUAGCAACAAAAAUAGAUAUAAUUUCUUGACAGCAUAUAUGUUUGCUGUGCUGUAUGGUGUCAGUCUUGUUAGAGCUGUUAUCCUUAGAUGUCCCAUCUGCUUGGAUGUUCUAGAUCCAAUGACACUAAUGGAAAAACAAAGGGAAUUCCUCUGCCAACGAAGGGUUUCCCUGCCAACAGUCCUUCAGAUUAACUGGGUUGUUCACCUAUAGCUGCUUGUGAGGUUUUGCUGUGUGCUGUAUAAGCGUUCAGAAAAAGUCACUGCACUUGACUAAUUACUGUUGUGACAUUUUGACGUAAAGUGCUGUUCAAAAUGCAUGUUCUUUCUAGAAUGGUAUCACAGUCCUAUUGUGUGGUGAUUUUCAUCUUAAACCUUUGUGGUGCAGACCCUGUGCUCUUUACCUCAAGUUCCUGACUUGAUUGGCAGAGACUGCAGGUUCAAGACAGUGCUUCCUUGUCUCAACUCAACCCGGUCACUCCUUCACAGGAACACGUGCAACUUCUUUUUCUGCUACUGAUGCAGCUUCGGUUUGCUGGUAGUUAAACGUAAAUCAACGGCUUUUUCCAGCAUUUAUUGCUAAAAUUAAGUUAUCCUGGAAAGUAGCAAUUUUUAUGAAGUAUUAAUGCUUUGAAAGGUUUUGUAAAUGUACUGUUUUGACUUUAGUCUGGUGGAUUUUGUGGAAGUGCAGAGGGUUGACGCAGCGAUGUGCUUUUGUGGAGAUGGUGAUGUGCUCUGCAGCCUGAUCCUGUGGCCAGUUUGUAAAGUUUAUUCUGUUAAGGCACGCACCCGUUUACUUCCGUUGCUCAGUACAAGACUCUUUUACUGAAUGUUUUGCCACUUUGUGCCUCUUAUUUACUCCACUUAUUUGUUCAUUGUAUCUUGUGUAAAUCGGCAGAUUGGAAGAGAGAGUGCAAUUCUGGUAACUUGGGUGUGAAAAUGCCCCAUAAAGGAAUUUUACCAAA